UCUUGAUCUUUAUUGUUUUCUCUCCUGUUUAUAAAUCUUGGGCCAUAGUGAAGAAAAAAUCAGGGGUUGGAUCGAAAACGUGGGUUUGAAGGUUUUCUCAGAAACCCUAGAACCCAAUAUUAACUUCUUAUUCACUUUACGUAUCUCAAUGGAUCAGGAGAUGAAGUGAAUGAGAUACGAAGCUAGUUAAAAGAGGAAACACUGAGAAAAGUUUAUUUGAGGCUUUCCAGAAACAUGGCAUCUUCAAGUUCAAGCUCUCCAUGCGCAGCUUGUAAAUUCCUAAGGAGAAAAUGCACACAAGAAUGUGUAUUCGCUCCAUAUUUCCCACCAGAUCAACCUCACAAGUUCGCAUAUGUUCACAAAAUUUUCGGAGCAAGUAACGUUGCUAAGCUUCUCAACGACCUCGUCUCUAACCAAAGAGAAGACGCCGUUAACUCUCUUUUCUAUGAAGCCGAAGCGCGACUUCGCGACCCUGUCUACGGUUGUGUAGGUUUAAUCUCUAUCCUUCAACAUCGCCUUAAAAAGCUUCAACACGACCUUGACAACGCCAAUAAAGAGCUCGCCUCUUACUCUGCUCCUAAUGCUAUGCUUCCUAUGCAUCCUCAACCAAAUUUUAUGUCUUUACCACCUCAACCGCAGCGACCCUCUUCUGCUUCUUCUUCAGCGUCUGUGCUUACUCAACAGCAGCUUCAUAACUUGUUGCCAAUGUUGACUAUUCCAACUGAGCAACUAGUGUACCAUCAGCAACAUCAAGAUAUUUUCGAGACGCAGCAAUUAGCAACGGUUAACGCGGUUGCGAGAGACCAACAUAAUGAAAUGUUUAGAGCGUAUGGAGGAGGAAGUAAUAGUCCACAUCAUCAUCAAAACCAACCUCAAGUUGAUAUUUUGAGGUUUAAUAGUGGUUUUGACUCUGUACCGACCGGAUCUGUUACAACAACCGGGUUUAAUCAAUUAAGCUCCGGCGGUUCAACCAAAACCAGAAUGUCACCAUCUUUAGCUCGUGAUGGUAACGUUGUUGAAAGUCCUCCUUCUAAUGAUAACUAUCAUACGUAUGAGCAAUUACAUCAUCAUCAACAACAUAAUGGGGCUCAGUUGUUCAUACCUACACAAUCUUCUCAACCGCUACCGCUUCAAACGCAGCCGAAUUCAGGGAGCCAGGAGGAUGGAAGGAGUCUCAUUGGUUCAUCUCAGUAAUUAAUCAAAAAGAAAGAGAGAUUAAAAGUUAAUAAUACGGCCUUUGACCUUCAAGUUGGAAACUCUUGACUUUGCUCAAGGCAUUACGGGACAAACGAGUUUUUUCUUCUCUUCUAAUUUUUUCGCACGUCCAAAAGCGAAAUGACACUCAACAUAUAAAAGUCAAACGACACACGAAAAAGUCAGCGAUAUUUGGUUAAUUCUGAGUUUUGUUGAAGAGUAUAACCUAAAGGUUCGUAUCAAAUUGAACAAAAGAUCUCCCCUCCAUCUCUCCCCUACUCUCGUCUUUUAGUAUUAAAAACAUAUAUUAUUUUAUAUUCUUCUUGUAUUUCAUAUUUUGACAUUUCUUUUGGUUCGAGUAAAAAUGAGAGAUAUUAAUGUUUUCUAGAUGCAGCUAUCUUUGGAAAUUUUACGAGCAAGUGGUUUAUCACAAUGGCAAACAAAACUAUGGAAUGGCCAUCCUUUGUGUGCCCCUGUGCUGAUGUGUUUUAUUUCUGAAAUUUCUUGUAACU